AUGUCUAUAGGUCCAAGAUUUAUUGAUAAGAUAUGCCUUAUUACUGGAGGUACAGCAGGUAUUGGCUAUGGAAUCGCUGAGAGAGUUAUCUCUGAAGGUGGAACUGUAAUAGUCUGCUCAGUGGAUAAAAACAUUGAAGAGCAAAUUCAAAAUCUUAGGAAAUUAAUAACAAAUAAUAAGACUUAAAGAGUUGAGGGCAUGUAUUGUGACAUCUCAAAGCCUGAAAGCAGAAAACCCCUGCUUGAUUUUAUUGACAAAGAAUUUGGAAAACUAGAUGUGCUUUUUGCAAAUGCUGGCAUCGUAUUCUACAAGAAGCUCUAACUUAAAAUGGAAGAUAAACACUUUGACAAGCUUAUUGAUGUGAAUAUAAAAGGAACAUUUUUUAUGAUAAAGGAGUGUGUCCCACUUCUUAAGAAGGGAAAGGAUGCCAAUAUUUUAGUUACUUCAAGUAUUUCAGCUGUCUAUCCUACAAAAUAUGGUGGUGUUUAUGCCAUGACCAAGGCAGCAUUAAACAACAUGGUAAUUUGGCUUUCUCAAGAAUUAGAGUAAGAUAACAUUAGAGUAAACGGGAUUAUGCCAGGAGCAGUUGUGACAAGUAUGACUAUAGGAUAACAGAAAGCCUUUUAAGAAAAACAUCCAAAAGCAUUUUCUUAGCCCUCUUAGAUAGCAUCAGUUGCAGCUAUGAUGACAAGUUAAGAUGGAUCAUUUAUCAAUGGAGAAAACUAUUUAGUAGACAAUACGUUGUUCAGGCUCAUAAAGUUAUGA